CGAAUUGUCUGGCUGGAAUUCAGAACAUCGUGGAGAGUCACUCAAUGUUCCCUUACCCAAAGCUCCCCGUGCGUACCUUACCGUAAGAAGGCGUGCGUUGGGUGGAACGGACGGCUGUCCCAUCCCAUGCCCCACCAAAAAAAGCCAUUGCUCUCACGUUAAACACGACGACAGCACAGCUUGGUGCCCUUGACUAUUUUUUAUUUUUUAUUCUCGCCUACUACCAGAGGAGCACCAUGGGCCGACCCAAGCGAGACGUGCGCGCUGCGGCCGAGGAGUCGACCACCCCGCCGGACGAGCUCACCGCGCAGCAGUGCGUGGCCAGGGUGCUCAAGGCCGAGGGCAAUAGCCUGUACAGCUGCGUGCUGCCGGACAAGCGCACCGUGACUGUCCAGCUGCAGGACCGCUUCCGCAACACCAUCUGGAUCCGGCGCGGCGGCUACGUCCUCGUCGAUCUCACCCCGACGGAGGAGCACAAGGGCAAGGUCACGGGGGACAUUGUCAACAUUGUGCGCGACGAGAAGGAAUGGCGCAAGCAGAGCUACUGGCCCAAGGAGUUCGCCAAGAGCACAGCGUAUGCUGAGGACUCGGACGACGAGGAGUCCACUGUUGGCCGCAUGCCUCCGUCAGACUCGGAGAGCGAGGAUUGAAGACCAGGA